AUGGCGCCUCGAGGAAAGAUUCGCUUGAGACUGACGCGAAGUUCUAAAUCAGAGAGCACCCCAAAAUCCUUUGCCGACCUAGAUGACGAGCCCAUGCCUGAUGCCUCUCCGAGCGCCCAAGUUUCAAAGCGACACCAGGUGCUGGAUCCCGACGAUGACAAGGACGAGGAUCACCAACCAAAAGAGGAAUCAGGGGACGAAGACGAUGCCGCCGACCCCGAUGCCGACGCUGCUGAGAAGGAUGAUGAGUCUACUAAGGAACCCACACCACCUCCCCAGCCCAUGGUUCGCAGAAAGCGACUCGGCCGUCCACCUAAGAACCGACCCCCGGACUGGGACAACAUGAUUUCGGUUCCUGCCGAUGAAGCCAACACACCACGACGUCGCGGCAGAGGUGGUUGGCGGGGGAGAGGCGGUCGCAAAGGAGGCAUGUCUAUGCCAAAGGCCGAGCAAGUCAUUGACGGCGAAGGGACCAUUGCCGAGAUCGCAAACGACGAAUGCGUGUUGCCGGAGGAUCCAGAAGGCGAGACCAAGGUCGACAAGCUGGGCAAUUUGCAGGGUGGACGCGAAUAUCGUUGCCGAACAUUCACAGUCAUGGGCCGCGGGGAUAGACUUUACAUGCUUUCGACAGAACCGGCCAGAUGUGUUGGGUUCAGGGACAGUUAUCUGUUUUUUACCAAGCACAAAAAGCUUUACAAGAUUAUUGUCGACGACGACGAGAAGCGGGACAUGAUUGAGCGGGAUAUCAUCCCCCACUCGUACAAGGGUCGAUCGAUAGGUAUUGUCACGGCACGAUCAGUGUUUCGAGAGUUUGGUGCGCGAAUCAUUGUUGGUGGAAAGCGCAUCAAUGAUGAUUACAACGUUGCCUUGGCCCGCGCCGAAGGUGCUGUCGAGGGCGAGAUCGCAGACCCGAAUGACCACUUUGUUGUGGGAGAGCCGUACAACAAGAACCAGUAUGUUGCGUGGCACGGUGCCAGUGCCGUGUAUCACACAAACGCACCUUCAGUGCCGGUUCCUAAUGGCAAAAUCGAGUCUAAGAAACGCAAGGUAAACGUCAAUGACAUGAACUGGAUGCUGGAGCACGCCCGUGAAGCCAGCACAUUUAAUGCCGGUAUCAAUGCUAUUCGAAAACUAAACAACGCUGGCGUGUACGACAUUCAUACCAAUGUCAUGCAGUACCCAGUAACAAUGCAGCCAACGCGAGCACGCAUUGAGCAAGUCGCUCCAGAGGACGAGGAGGCCACCGCAGACAGCUCCAUGUUCCCUCCUGUUCCGGCUAAGGUGGCGCGCAAUUUCUUCGUUGCCGAUACCUACUUUGAAACAUCAUCGGCAGGUGUCAUCUCAGCAUCGGGCGUGGACGGCACAGCCAACUCGGCCGACUUCCUUGCUUCGUUCCAGGGACUAAGUGCAGUCUCAGACGAUAUCAAAGAUCUCCUACCCCCAGAGUGCCGUGCUGCGUUUGACAGCGCUGCAGAGAAGGAGGCAUCAUAUCGAUCACAAUGGGGUCCCGAGAGUGAAAAGAUGUCGCGCCGGCAGCCUGUCAUAGACAAGGCAAUUGUACCUUACAGCAUGACAUAG